AUGAAAUUCUCUGCUGUUACAUUCGCCACCAACGCGUUUCUUUUCUAUAGCUCAAUGGUAAGUGCCGACUCUCUAGCUUCCUCAUCCCUAACAGCUGGUGAUAAUUACGUUAAAAUCAGUUUUCAAAAGAAGUAUGGUGAUUCUUUUGAAGACGCUUCCAAUGAUAAAAAAACCGAAGCGCAUUUGAUGAAGAGAGGAGACGAUUACGAGGUGGUAGGAUUGAACAACAAGGAAAACUUUUAUUCGGUGGACUUGCAUAUCGGUACUCCCUCGCAAAAGAUCACUGUACUUGUGGACACUGGUUCUUCUGAUUUAUGGGUUACAGGCUCGAAUAACCCAUACUGUUCCACCGACAGCGGGGACACAUCCGAUUAUUCGGUGGAACAAAAAGAUAGCUUAGAAAGUGAAAUUCAAAGCAUGGUUCAAAGCGUGGUCCAAAGCGUGGUCACGGAAAUUAGCUAUGACACCACCGUACCUGACACGGAUGCUACUGCCACUCAAGACAGUACAUCUUCUGCUUUACAGACGAUUGAUUGCACCGAGUACGGUACAUUUGAUAGCUCCAACUCUUCUACUUUUCAAUCCAAUAAGACCGAUUUUUCGAUCACCUAUGGUGAUUUGACCUUUGCCUCUGGCACGUGGGGCCGUGAUCAAUUGAACUUGAACAAUUUGAACGUCACUGGUUUAUCGUUUGCUGUGGCAAAUGAAACAAAUUCCACCGUCGGUGUCUUGGGUAUUGGUUUACCAGGAUUAGAAUCGACUUAUUCUGGUGCUACUCUCAGCUCUGCACAAGAAAGCUACACGUACAAUAACUUCCCAAUGGUUUUAAAGAAUUCAGGCGCCAUUAAGUCAACAGCUUAUUCUUUAUUUUUGAACGAAACCAAUGCCAAGCAUGGUAGCAUUUUGUUCGGUGCUGUGGAUCAUGGGAAGUAUUCAGGCGAUCUAUACACAAUUCCGAUUAUCAAUACAUUGCAACAUCAAGGUUACAAGGAUCCAAUUCAAUUCCAGGUCACUUUGCAAGGUAUCGGGCUAGCAAAAGAAGAUACAAAUGCUGAAUCAACGACUUUAACAACUACAAAGGUGCCGGCUCUACUAGAUUCGGGCACCACAAUCUCUUAUAUGCCAUUUGAGCUCGUCGAAAUGUUUGCUGACAAAGUCGGUGCUUCUUAUUCCUCCGAAAUUGGUUACUACUUGAUGGAUUGUAUCACCGACACUGAUAAUGACAUUAACGUCGUGUUUGAUUUUGGCGGAUUCUACAUUAGUGGUAAUUUGAGUAGUUAUCAACUAAGCGCUGACAGUAGUUCGGAUAUUUGCAUUUUGGGCUUUGCUCCUCAGUCCGAUUCUACCGUUAUUCUCGGUGACAACUUUUUGAGUCAUGCUUAUGUAGUAUAUGAUCUGGAUAAUAUGGAAAUUUCCAUGGCCCAAGUUGACUUGAGUGGUAGAGAUGAGAAUAUCGAUAUCAUAGAAGACUCUGUUCCAAGUGCCGUCAAAGCACCCAGUUACUCAAAUACCUGGUCCAUGGACGAAAGCAUCGUUUCAGGUGGGAAUAUCUUUACAAUAACAUCUGGCUCGAGUAUCCAUAGCUCUGGUUCAGGCACCUAUUCUACAGCAAGUACUUCCAGCUCCAAAGGUCAAAAAGACCAGACAAGUACCGCUUAUUCAAAGUCUGGAGUCGGUUCGGCUGCCUCCUCAACAGUGGCCUCGUCAUCCACUUCAAACUCUUCUACAAAAAAAGAGAACUUUGGAUACAGCCUAAAUACUCCCUUCUUUGCCAAGUUCAUUACAGCUGUUCUUUCUUACAUUUGA